AUGGGGUGCAAGAUUCCUAACAUCAAAUGCAGUAUCAGUGACCCUCUUCCUGUUCUCCAUAAAUAUUACCAGUCUGGAGACCUCAUCAUUGCUGGCAUUUUGUCUCAAAUCUACAUACUUUCAAAGCCAAUCACCUUCAGCAAACUUCCCUCUAAUGAGCUCUUUGAAGACAUGAUCCAUUUCAGUCCAAGUUGGACCUAUCGUGCUUCACUGGAACUCUUCUCGACCAAGGGCAGAUUUGUCCCAAACUACAAGUGUGACAUCCAAAGUAAUCCCGUAGCAGUCAUCGGAGGACAUAACUCUGAAGUCUGCCUCCACAUGGCAACCAUAUUGUGCAUCUACAAGAUUCCACAGCUCCUGUAUGGCUCUACUCCAGAGAUUAAUAAUAAAAACCAGGCUGUUUUCAACCACCAGAUGUUACCAAAUGUAGAUAUUCAAAAUUAUGGUAUUCUCCAGUUGCUGUUGCACUUUGGAUGGACGUGGAUUGGGAUAAUGACUAUGAGUAAUGACAAUGGAGAGAGGUUUGUGCACAACAUGGUUCCCAUGUUUUCCCAGAGAGGUAUCUGCUUGGAUUUCAUUGAAAAAUUCCCAGUAGUUACUUUUAGCAGUGACAUUACUGAUAUGGUUACAGAAGGGAUUGAAACACAGAAUGUUGUUUUGAGAAGCACUGCUAAUGUAGUGUUAGUUAAUGGAGAAAUUGAGAUCAUCAUAGGUUUGAGAAUGUUUCCUGCCUUCUCACAAUAUGAUGAUAUACGAAUGAAAAAAGUCUGGGUUUUGACAUUCCAGAUAGAUUUCACCUCACUUCCCUUUCAAAGAAGUUGGGAUAUAGAAUUUCUCCAUGGUGCUCUGUCAUUCACAAUUCACUCAAAGGAGGUGUUGGGAUUCAAGAAAUUUCUUCAAAUGAGAAACCCUACUUUGGAAAAAGAAGAUGGCUUCAUCAGGGUCUUCUGGGAAGAGGCAUUUGAAUGUUCCUUCCCGAAUUCCAUCAUAGGGCAGGAAGUUGAGACCAUCUGCACUGGGGAGGAGAAGCUGGAAACUCUUCCUACUUCUGUGUUUGAAAUGAGCUUGACUGGCCACAGCUAUAGCAUCUACAAUGCAGUUUAUGCUGUGGCACAUGCUUUGCACGCCAUGCAUUCCUAUAAAAGCAAACACAGAGCAAUAGCGGAUGAAAGAAGACUGAAGCUUCUGCAUGAAGAACCAUGGAAGCUCAACCAGUUUAUAAGAAGCAACACAUUCAAUAACAGUGCUGGGGAACAAGUAUCCUUUAACCAAAAUGGAGAGUUAGAAGUGGGAUUGGAUGUUAUCAACUGGCUCGUGUUCCCAAACCAGUCCUUUCUUAGAGCAAAAGUUGGACGGAUAGAGGCUACGGCUUCCCAAGGAUCUAUGUUCACCAUUGGUGAGGAAGCCAUUAUGUGGUCAAGCAGGUUUAACCAGACACUGCCUCUUUCUCUCUGCAAUGCCCACUGCCAAUCAGGUUACACUAGGACCAAGGAGGAAGGGAAGCCAUUUUGCUGCUAUGAUUGCCUUCCGUGUCCACUAGGAAAGAUUUCCAACCAGACAGAUAUGGACGACUGCUUUCUAUGUCCACGCGACCACUAUCCGAACACGGAACAAGAUUCGUGCAUUCCAAAAGUGAUCAUUUUCUUGUCUUUUGAAGAACCUUUGGGGAUCACUUUGGCCAGUUCUGCUCUUUGCUUUGAUUUCAUCACAGCUUUGGUGCUUGGCAUCUUCAUGAAGCACAAGGACACAGCCAUAGUCAAAGCCAACAACCGGAACCUCACCCUCAUUCUCCUCAUCUCCCUCCUGCUCUCCUUCAUUUCCGCUUUGCUGUUCAUUGGCCGACCUGAGACAAUGACUUGUCUCCUUCGACAAACUGCUUUUGCCAUCAUCUUCUCAGUGGCAGUUUCCUGUGUGCUGGCCAAAACCAUCAUUGUAGUUCUGGCUUUCAUGGCCACUAAGCCAGGGUCCAGAAUGAGGAAAUGGAUUGGGAAAAGACUGGCAUCUUCUAUCAUUCUUUCUUGCUUCCUUGUACAAGUCACUAUUUGUACUGUGUGGCUGACAACAUCUCCCCCAUUCCCAGAUCUUGACAUGCACUCAAUGCCUGAAGUAAUUGUACUGGAGUGUAAUGAAGGGUCAACCAUCAUGUUCUAUGGUGUCCUGGGAUUUAUGGGAUUCCUGGCCGUUGUCAGCUUCACGGUGGCCUUCCUAGCCAGGAAGUUACCAGACAGUUUUAAUGAAGCCAAAUUUAUCACCUUCAGCAUGUUGGUCUUUUGCAGUGUUUGGUUCACUUUUGUUCCAGCCUAUCUCAGUACAAAGGGAAAAUACAUGGUGGCAGUAGAGAUUUUCUCCAUUAUAGCGUCUGGUGCUGGCUUGCUGGCUUGCGUCUUCUUCCCAAAAUGUUAUAUUAUCAUAAUGAGGCCCCAGUUGAACAACAAAGACCAGCUAAGAAGAAGGAAUGAUUGA